CUGCCUCCUCUUGCGGCGCAGCUCUGCAUCUUGAGACUUUCACUCUUUCUGAUCCUAUCGUAUAACGCGCGCGCGUUGAGGGCGCGUGCGUAGGAUUCAGGUCUGCACAUGCCCGCUUUUCUACAUAUCUUUGUCGGCGAAACUGACAUGUUGACUGACUCGGUGCUCAAGGAUAAUCGUUGAAACGUUGAUCCUCUGAACUCCCGAGGCAGACAGGGAAGCCUAUUUCGGCAGCACGUUGUGAAGCCGCGCGAUGCGCACUAUGGAAAGAGCCACGACCCUGGAGGCGCUCACUAUCUCAGAAACUCGCGAGAUGCAACGUCGCCCGUCCCUGAGUGGCGUUUGGGACAGGGAUGUUUAGUAAAGACCAGCAACCCUUCUUUUUUGCACGGCCCUAGCGUCGUGAACACUCCAGCAUCUACCAUGCUCUCUCUCGCUAACCGCUUGGUGAUCAGGGGGGUGUAAUGGGCAGCAAUGCCUCUCUCUCAGCCCAUGUUUCAACGGUUAAACAGCUUGAAAAGCCACUUGAAGACGGAAGCGGGGAAGUUGACUCGGGAAAUGCAAAACAUCACCCGUAGCGGGCAAUUGCUGUUUGCGGAAUCGACGCCUCGCCACCCUCUGUACGGUGGGUAUGAGGUUCCAAUAGUGCGGCAUACGGCAGACUUACAGCAGCCACUUCGGAUGAAACAAGCAGCUACGGCAUUGCUAGUCUUACGCCUCACUCAAUAGUGAGGCAGAAUAUUGGAUGAUGAGCGAGGGAUGAGGUGUUCGCUUGCAGUGUAUCGUAUGAUGGCAGUCAGCGUCUAAGUGUCAACGGGAGAUGAGCAUGACGUACAUGCUGUCAAUGCAAACCUUGCUGCCAGUUCGCCACAUGAUAGCGAGUCGUGUUUUCUGCUCGACGUGAGUUGCACUUGCAAGACCAGUUCAUGCAGAAUUGGCUGGUUAGCGACUGAGUGGUAUUUUCUGGGUAACCGAAGAACAGGCCUGGCAGGGAGCGCAAGGCGGCAUGGACACGUCAACCACUGACGGGUGGGUAACACUGUCAUUUCUACAUGGGACAGUAAUGCGCAAUGCGUAUGCAAUGCGUGGGUGCCGUUGCGAGACUUUUGCCAUUCAGAUUGAUCCUAUUCUGCCGCC